GCAGGCCUCAACCACCUGUCGGACCGCACGGACGAGGAGCUGGCGCAGCUGCGCGGCUGGCGCGGGACCGCCAGCCAGAGCCGGGGCGGGCAGGCCGGCAGCGCGCAGGCCGCGCCGCAGGCGCUGCUGGCCACCCGCAAGGGCGUCGGCCUCCCGCAGGUGUUCGACAACUGGACCAAGCUGACGUCCCUCAGCUCGGUCCGCGACCAGGGGGGCUGCGGCUCGUGCUGGGCAGUGGCAGCCUCCGUCGUCCUCGAGGCGCACGCGGAGAUCUACGACAAGGCGGCCAAGAAGGGGCGAGCGCAGAGGUUCUCGACGCAGGAGCUGCUGGACUGCGUCCCCAACCCGCACCACUGCGGCGGCAGUGGUGGCUGCGACGGCGCGACCGUCGAGCUCGCCUUCGACUGGGCCAUCAACCACGGCCUGGCAAAGGAGUCGGAGAACCCGUACAAGGCCCGCAACGGGAAGUGCCGCAAGAGCGGCGGCCGGGGGAGCGCGGCGGCGCUUCAGCUCUCGGCCUCCGCGGAGGACCUGUCGCGCGUGGGCGUGCACUUCGCGGCCGGCCAGGGCAGCUCUUUCCUGGGGAGCAAGGCCCACGGCCUCGGGCUGACCGCGUGGGAGCGGCUGCCCGAGAACGAGGCCGAGCCCCUGGUGCGCGCGCUCGUGGAGCGCGGGCCCGUCGGCGUCUCGGUCUCGGCCGACACCUGGUACAUGUACGCGAGUGGUGUGUUCGAUUCCUGCUCCGUGGACGCGGUCAUCGACCACGCGGUCACUCUGAUUGGCCUCGGCGUCCAGAAGGGGCAGAAGUACUGGCUGAUCCAGAACUCUUGGGGCAGCGGCUGGGGCGAGAAGGGCAGGAUAAAGCUGCUGCGGCGGGACGACGACAACGAGCGGUGCGGCACCGACAGCCAGCCGGAGGUGGGCACCGCGUGCGAGGGCGGUCCCGCGAAGGUGCGGGUGUGCGGCAUGUGCGGGGUGCUGUACGACUCCGCCGUGCCGCACUUCGUGCAGUGAGUCUGAAUCGGGCGGCUGUGCCCGCCGCAGCGCGCAGAGAUAGAAAGAAAGUAGUGGCCGAGGAUGCGGAACAGUGCACCUUCCAGCCUCCUCUCUCCCUCCUGUAGCAGCGCUGUGUAACAGGGUCCCCAGUGAAACAGAG